CUUCAAACAUUUUUGCCAGAGUCCCACCGAAUCUUCCUUCGAUCUUGUUCCACAGUCCACGUUCAUACGAAACGACGGCCAUCCAAACACGGUUGCGACUCGAAGACUCUCUACGGAGUGGAGAGGCUCAUGGCUAAGAUUAAAAGUCCCUGAGAUUUCUAAAGGCACAUUAAAACUACAAUAACUGCACGGUUGGCCAUUUCUUCUUUCCUCUUCUCUACCCCUCUCCUUCUCGAAGGCUCUAUUUCCGCUCCCCUUCCUCUUCUCCUUAGCUGCGAAGCAUCUCUUCCUCCUCCCACUUCCUAUAAAUCCUUUUCAAUCCCUCCACAAGCGCUUGAUUCCCCUCUCAACCACCCCUUUAACAUGGAUUUGUUUACUUCUUCCUCUUCUUCUUCCUUGACUUCUUCUUCUGGGAUUAGGGGAGAGAGAGGAGGUGGCAGCUACAGCUCCAUUGUUUCUGAGAUGGUUACAAGGGUGAUUUGUGCCAUAUUGACUUGUGUUUUUGCCAUAGUUGGUUCAUUCAUAGGGGCUGUUACAGGCUCUUUGAUUGGCCUGGCGACAGAGAGCGGUUUAUUCCGAGGGGCUGGAAUUGGGGCUAUUUCUGGGGCUGUUUUCUCAAUCGAGGUUGUCGAAUCCUCUCUUGAUCUCUGGAACUCCAAUGAAUCAGGGAUUUGGAGUAUCUUAUACCUGAUGGACAUCGUCGCCAGUCUUUUGAGUGGAAGGCUUGUUCGAGAGAAGGUCGGACCAGCUGUCCAAAGUGCAGUGCAGAGUCAGAUGAGUGCUAUGGACUCACCCUACAUAGAGGUUCCUGAUUUCUUUGAAACAGGAGGUUCGGUGGGCAUGUCGAAGGAUUCUGUCAGCAAGCUCCCAAAGAUUGAAAUUACCACAGAUAACAAUGUGGAUGCCUCAGGUGACAGAAUCUGCUGUUCGGUAUGCCUGCAGGACUUCCAAAUUGGAGAGAUAGCAAGGAGCUUGCCUGAGUGCCGGCACGUAUUCCAUUUACCAUGCAUCGAUAACUGGCUUACCAGACAUGGCUCUUGCCCUCUAUGCAGAAGGGAUAUUGAGAUCCUUUCCUUGUAAAUUACAAGAGUAUACUCUUCCUUUUUGAGGCUAGAUGAUUUCAUAAUAUGAAGUGAAGCUCUGCUUCCUUCGCAACAUCUGUAUAAAAAUUAUGGCUUCAAACUGUUUUUAUUACAGACAAAGUUUAUUUGUAGAUUAACAAGUUUUGACAGUUUUGCCUGC